AUGAAUUGUCUAAUCAGCACCAUAAAGUAUUCGAUUACGAAACCAAUCCAAUUCAAAAGUAGAGGAUCCAUAUAUAAAUCAUUUCAACAUUUUCAUACCAUGAAGAGAGAUAUUCAUUCUUCAAUUAGUUUGAAUGACACGGAAUUGAAAAUUCGAAAUCUAUUAGUCGAUUUUUGUGAACAUUAUAACUCUAACUGUGAACCUAACAAAGAGCUAGUUUUAAGAAUCACAGGGGGAUGGGUUAGAGAUAAGUUAUUAGGAAACGAUAGUAAUGAUUUGGAUAUAGCAAUCAACCAUCUUUCGGGAGAAGAAUUUGCAUCAAGGUUACAUUCAUACUUAGAUCAAUAUCAUCCUAGUCUAACAUUAAAGGCUAUCCAUACAAUAAAGAAGAAUCCAGAAAAAUCGAAACAUUUAGAGACGUGCACAACAAAGUUAUUCGGUUUGGAUAUCGAUUUUGUUAACUUGCGAUCAGAGGAAUAUACAACCGAUAGUCGAGUACCAAUAAUUGAAUGUGGCACUGCAGAAGAAGAUGCAUUGAGAAGAGAUGCUACAUUAAAUGCGUUGUUUUAUAAUAUAAAUCAAGGUGUCAUUGAGGAUUUUACUGGAAAGGGAUUAGAUGAUCUAAGGAACGGGAUCUUGAGAACACCAUUACAACCAUUACAGACAUUUCUAGAUGAUCCACUAAGGGUUCUUAGAUUAAUUAGAUUUGCCAGUAGGUUUAAUUUCUUGGUGGAAUCUGAGACGUUAGAAUCAAUGACAAAUGACGAAAUCAAAUCAACCUUAGUGCAUAAGAUAAGUAGGGAAAGAAUUGGGGUAGAAGUUGAGAAGAUUUUGACGAGUAAAAAUCCUGAAUAUGGUUUGCACUUGAUCAACUACGUUGGUCUAACUAAGAGCAUAUUCAAUGCCGGACCGUUUAAUCAAAUAAUCGAGGCAAAUAAUGAUAAAGAUACACUAAAUGAAAUGAACUCUUGUGCUCAAAAUCUUAGUUCUCAGCUUCCAAUAGUACUUGGACUUUUCCCUGUUUUUCAAAAUACUGUCAAGAGGUGUAAUUUGUCUAGAUUUCACGAAGCAUACGAGGCGAUAUUUAAUGAUAAACAAUUAAAAAAGUUAUUCUGGUUAUGCGCAAUCUUACAGCCUUACGAAUCUUUUUCUGUUAAAUCAAAUGCAAAAAGAGUUAUGCGUACUCAAAUGGUAGAAAUAAUUCUAAAAGAGGGCUUAAGGUUUGGGAAAUAUGAGUUUGAUCCAGUGUCUACAAUUGUCAAAGAAUCCCAAUUAUCACAUGAAAUACUAGACAGAUUCUUUACGGUCCCAGAACAACUUCAAAGGUCUGAACUCGGUUUAUACCUCAAGCAAUUUGAUAAAUACUCAGCAUUGAGUAUUGUAUUUAAUUGUUUCAACGAUAUUGUGCAAGAAAUCUCCUAUCUCGAGGUUCCAAAUACACUUCCUUCUCCAGUACCUGUGAAUCCUUUACAAUUAGAUACUUCAGUCAUAACAGAAUAUGUACGAAGAUACGAAUGCUUACUUGAUGCGAUUAUAAAUCAAGAGUUGACAGAAGUUCAUAUAAUGAGACCAUUAAUAGAUGGAAAAACACUUUCUAAAGAGUUAAGUAUGAAGCCAGGCCCUUGGAUGGGUAAAAUAAAUUCUGAGAUAUUAGUGUGGCAACUAGACAACCCUUCAGGCAGUAAAGAUGAGUGCAUAAGUUAUGUUAAAGAAAUAUUACCUAAGUAUAUAUGA